AUGACGGUGCUCAAGGCGCCCUUUCUGGCUCCGGCCGUGGCGCUGCUUCUGGGCAGCACCAUUGCUCUCCCAAGCCCCAACUCUCUCGAGGUAGGUUCAGUUCAACGAGAACACCUUAAUCAUGCCAGUUUACUCACAUACGCAGGCCGAGUCCGAGGCUCUAGAGGUCCCUACGCCCACUAAGAACUUCCCAACCGCUAUUGUCCCUCGUCAGACCGAGCACACCACUUUCGAUCCAAACGUCCAGUGCUUUCCAACCACUGGUUUAGGAACAACCACGGACAUGGGAGCCUUCUACGACCUGGCUUCCUCCUUCUGCGCGCAGCCAGUGAUUGAAGCCGGUGCUGUCAUCAACCGCUACGAUGGAAUACGAGUCGAGUACCCGGCCGAGGAAGGUCUGAAGAUCCGCUUUGCUAUCGAGAACUCCUUCUGCGACACCAUGUACAUCGAUAUAAUCGAAUGCCAAGACAACUUCGGUCAGACCUUCCUUCAAUGCGGUCAGCAUCCUGCAACUCCCCUCUGGAAGGUAUGUACGAUAUCAAAGGCAGCAGCGCCCCAAGCUCUUAUCCCGAAGAAAAGGACUGUUUCCAACCCACCGGAAGGCUUCGUAGCCCCUUACUUUGCUUCACAUCGCUCGACAAAUGCUGACAAGAAUCAUGACAGGCUUAUGGCGGCAGCUACCAGACUCUCGGCUGCGGGUACUGCUUUAUUGAGAUCCUCUCCACCGACAGCCCGCGCGAAGAAGCUCCAAUUGCCCGCCUCGAUGUCUCGGCCUCGGUCUCCGACCUCGAGAUACGCGAUGACGGAGGCGACAAGCUCACCUGUAAUCAUUCCACCGAUCCAGGUUAUGACUACGCAGAUGCACCUAGUGUUGCCGGCUACAUUGACGGAUUCUGCACGGCCAAGGACGGUGUCACUGUCCCGAUUCACAAGUCCGCGUACGAGGGUCCUUUUGCUCUAGCUUCAGGUGCUUCUAUCAGCUUGUCCAUUACCAAUCUUUGGUGUGAGGACCCUGUCCCGAUCAUCAAGGAUGGCUGCACUGCGUUACUUGGCCGUGUCGAAAACGAGUGCUGGACAGGAACUGCGCCACUGAAGAGCUACGGCGGGUCCUACAACGGAGGUAUGUAUCGAGAAGCCGUCCCCGCUGUAUCUCGCGUUUCUAGCCUCCCCGAUGGCGUUAGAGUCCCUUGUAUUGCUUCAUCUGCUCGAGAUACUUCUAACCGAGAUGCUGAUUGAUCUUCUCCAUUGCAGGCUGCGGCUUUUUCACCAUCCAGGUCAAUGCUCCGUCCUCCCAGGCUCGCGACGCAGCCCCUUCGACUGAUCUUGAGUUCCGUGACGAUGCCCUAACCUGCCUGCCCUCCUCGGACGCCGGUUACCCGUAUGCAGAUGAGGGCGCGAUCGAGACCACCGUCGACUCCUUCUGCAACGAGAAGGAUGGCUUCAGAAUUCCGAAGCUUGGCGCCGCAACGGGUCCUACUUACAUCCUCUCGGGUGGUGUAACCUUUCACCUACUGAUCUCCAACAUACGAUGCUCCGACCCUGCUCCCCUGACCAAGGAGGGCUGCAGCGCUGGUUUUGGCCACAUCAUGCAGAACUGCUACACCGCCACAGUGCCGUUGAAGAAUUACGGAGGUGAGAAAUCUUCCAUUGCACAUAAUCGGCGUCUCGACUAACAGAUCUCAGGCCUUUACAACUGGGAGUGCGGAUACUACAUCAUCCAGCCUUUUGCAGCGUCCACCAAGGCACGCUCCGUCGACGGUGCCGACUCGUAG